GUACCAUUGGAAGUAUCAGGGUGCAUUGUAUUUUGAGUAAUCGUUUUUGCAGAAUCACCGGAUUGGGAAUGGUUACAGUCUUGACUGCUUGACAUGUAAAAUUAAUCCUACUUCCGCUUAAAGAAGAAAUUUAUUUUAGUUAAUCACAACUAUACAAAGUAGUGAAAAGGUAAAUCAACAGGAACAAUUGAUGGUUUCAAUGGACACAAUUACCGGUCACUGAAAUUUGUUUCUAAAGAUCUAAAAUAAACUAGAAGAAAUAUGUCUGGAAGCUAAGAAAUUGGAGGUUAGUUGUUCACAUAUGAAUGAAAGGGAAAGGGAUAAAGGCGGUAUGAAUGACUCGGCGAUCUGUUGUUGAUUGCGGGGUUUCGCUUCGUAAACAAAGUACUCAUAAACGAACCAAUAGGGAAAAUAUGAUGUCGGUUUGUUUAUAUAAAAAAAAAAGAGAGAAAAAAGCACUAAACAUGGUGUCUUUUUGUUUUUUCUUGGUAAAAUAACACAUUUUUUGAUCUUAGAAAAAGAUUGUACAGGUUGGCUUUUUUAUAAAAAGAGAUCCCCUUCUUAAGGAAAGUCCACAAUGAGAUGAUGUUAGAAAUAUUUUUUCUUUGUUUUUUUUUGGUGACUUUCCAAAAGUGACCCUAGAUUUCCAGCUUCUGAUCCGUUCAAAUAUGAAUAUCUCUUUUAACUGCGAAUAGAAGACGACCACCAAAUACAAAAGAGCAUCUACAACAUUCGAAAGCAUUUGUUCUUUUCUUACCUUACAUACUACACGUAAUAGUAGGUGGUAUACAAAUUACCUGGAACAAAUUUCGUUUUACGUUUCUAAAUCUGAAUGAAGAAAAUCUCUCAAGAUAAUUAAAAGAAAUCGUAUUUAUUUCAAUAUUUGAUUGAAAAUAUAAUGUUUCCUCUGCAUAUAAACGAUAAUUCAGCUCUUCAUGAAUAUUCAAUCUCCUCGUUACGCUACAUUAAACCACGAAAAGUUUACAAGGGUUAAAAAAAAAUGAAAAAAAUUGGAAACUAAAAAAUAAAGAAAAAAAAAUUAUAAAAAAAUGAAAUAGUUGAAGAAUCUUUAGGUAGUAGGUUUUACCGCAUUUAGUGUUUUUUUGUAUGGUGCGGUAAAUCACAAUCCUCUGUUUGCUACCCCAAAAGAGCAGUCACACCACAACACAAACGAUGACUAGCAAAACCUUCCUCCGUUGAAACCACAGCAAAUCUUAAUCCAAAUAGAACAGGAUGGGUAUUACCAGAGAUUCCCGCCACAAGCGCUCCGCUUCGGGUGCCAAGCGUGCUCAAUACCGCAAGAAGAGAAAAUUCGAGUUGGGUCGUCAAGCUGCCAACACUCGUAUUGGUGCUAAGCGUAUUCACGAAGUCCGCGUUCGUGGUGGUAACCAGAAGUUCCGUGCUCUUCGUUUAGAAUCUGGUAACUUCUCCUGGGGCUCUGAGGGUGUCGCUAAGAAGACCCGUAUUAUCCAAGUCGCCUACCACCCUUCCAACAACGAGUUGGUUCGUACCAACACUUUGACCAAGUCUGCCAUCGUCCAAGUUGAUGCUGCUCCUUUCCGUGUUUGGUAUGAAACUCAUUACGGCAUCUUGAUGGGCGGCAAGGGUAAGAAGGCUACUCCUACUGCCACCCCCAAGUCCAAGCACGUCCAACGCAAGCUUGGUGCUCGUGUCGGUAGCUCCAAGGUUGAUCCUGCUAUGGAGUCUCAAUUCGCUGCUGGCCGUUUGUACGCUUGUGUUUCUUCUCGCCCUGGCCAAUCUGGUCGCUGUGAUGGCUAUAUUCUUGAGGGUGAUGAGUUGCACUUUUACCUUCGUCGUAUGGCCCCCAAGAAGUAAGGAGUAUAGAAGCGUAUCUCUAUUUUGUUUGUAGCUUCAGAAGGGAGGAAUAUAUGGAUUCCGUAUUUGUUUUUUUAUUUCGUAAAUAAAACUGUAAAAUUUUGUCGGGUAAUAAAAGUGACUUUUUCAGUAUGCUUAAAGCACUGGAAUAAAAACUGUUGUGUAAAAG